CCUUCCCUUCACAGUUCACGGCCGUCACCAUUUUUUCUCUUUUAUAUUUACUUUGCUUAAUUUCUUCCCUUUACUUUCACUCGAAAAUCCGAAAGAGAGAAAAAUUUCCACUCCAAAUUUCUCUGAAGAAUCAUCCAUUACUCUACUCUUAAUUUCGAUUGUUUUUUUGUUCACAUCGGAAAUCGUAGUCGAGUGAGGUAUUGGACCAUUGGUGUUUUUCAUUUCUGGUUGAUUUUGGGAUUUGGAGAUGGAUUUGUGAGUGAUUUUUGCGAAAUGGAGGCCUGGCGGUUAGGUGGAUUUGGUGAUUGUGAUUCCAUCCGAUGAGACGCCGGUCGGUAGUGAUUGCCCCGUUGGAGCAUAUGGAGAGAGGAGCCGGGAAAAAUCAGAACUCUCGGCUUUGUUUUCUUGCGUUAUUGUCGGCGUUUUUCUGGAUCCUAUUGUUGUAUUUUCAUUUUGUUGUGCUUGGAGGUCAUUCUGUUGAUGAAUCAAUCAAAUUAAGCCCUGAAGAUGGACCUGUAAACUUGCCUAUAGUCCGGAAGUUUGCCCCUUCACGCAUCGUCGACGCACCGAAAAUUGAUGCGAAAUCAAUUCGUGAGCCUCCCCAGCCUGUCGACCGGGAGACUAAGUCCAUUGCCAAACCAGAGAUUCAGAAAUUUCCGUUUGUUAAAGCAUUGAAAACUGUUGAAAACAAGAGCGACCCUUGCGGUGGGAGGUAUAUAUUUGUUCAUGAUCUUCCUUCUAGGUUUAAUGAGGAUAUGUUGAAGGAAUGUAAGAGUCUAAGCCUUUGGACAAAUAUGUGCAAGUUCACAACUAAUGCUGGGCUUGGUCCGCCACUUGAAAAUGUGGAAGGAGUGUUUUCAGAUACAGGGUGGUACGCGACGAAUCAAUUUGUGGUCGAUGUGAUUUUCAGUAAUAGAAUGAAGCAGUAUGAUUGCCUGACUAAGGAUUCUUCCAUUGCUGCUGCUUUUUUCGUGCCAUUUUAUGCUGGGUUUGAUAUUGCGAGAUACCUUUGGGGAUAUAAUAUAUCUACUAGAGAUAGAGCUUCACUUGAUUUGGUCAACUGGCUCGAAAAAAGGCCCGAAUGGGGCAUUAUGGGUGGUCGAGAUCACUUCCUUGUUGCAGGUAGGAUCACAUGGGAUUUCAGGAGACUUUCCGAGGAAGAAAGAGACUGGGGAAACAAGCUUCUGUUUUUACCUGCUGCUAAGAACAUGUCCAUGCUUGUUGUUGAAUCAAGCCCUUGGAAUGCUAAUGAUUUUGGUAUUCCAUACCCAACAUAUUUCCAUCCUGCAAAGGAUGCUGAUGUCUUUAUUUGGCAGGAUCGGAUGAGAAAGCUCGAACGGAAAUGGUUGUUCUCUUUUGCGGGUGCUCCACGCCCUGACAAUCCCAAGUCAAUAAGAGGGCAGAUUAUUGAUCAAUGUAAGAAAUCUAAGGUCUGCAAGCUGCUGGAAUGUGAUUUUGGGGAGAGUAAGUGUCAUUCUCCAAGUAGUAUAAUGCAAAUGUUUCAGAGCUCUCUUUUCUGCCUUCAACCUCAGGGCGAUUCAUAUACCAGAAGAUCCGCUUUCGAUGCGAUGUUAGCUGGUUGCAUACCUGUCUUCUUCCAUCCAGGGUCAGCAUACACCCAAUAUACUUGGCAUCUCCCAAAGAAUUUUACAAGAUAUUCAGUAUUCAUACCAGAGGAUGAUAUCCGCAAGAGGAAUGUUAGCAUAGAAGAAAGGCUUUCUCAAAUUUCUCCUGAGCAGCUGAAGCUAAUGCAGGAGGAGGUCAUCUCUAUGAUACCAAGAUUAGUAUAUGCUGAUCCGCGCUCUAAGUUAGAAACUCUGAAAGAUGCUUUUGAUGUCUCGGUCCAAGCUAUUAUCGACAAAGUUACAAAGUUGAGGAGAGAUAUUAUUGAAGGACACACCGACGACAAUUUUAUCGAGGAGAAUAGUUGGAAAUACGCGUUACUCGAAGAUGGGCAGCGGGAAGUUGGACCUCAUGAAUGGGAUCCUUUCUUCUCCAAACCAAAGGAUGGGGAUUCCGGUGAUACAUCGGCUAAAGCUGCAAAAAAUUCAUGGAAAAAUGAGCAGAGAGACAAAUCAUGAAAUCGAUCGACUGAAGUUCACUGAUACAUCAGUGAACAACAUACUUUUGGUGAUUAUUAGCUCAAUAGAAGCCCAAAGAAGAGCUUCCAGCAUCAAACCAAGGACUUUUUAUAGAUUGAAAGCUUAAUCAUCAUCCAGCUACAAAAGGGCUGCCCUUCAAAAACAAAGCAAUGGGUAUCUUCUGUCCUUUGCUUAAUUAUAGUUUUCUUAUACAGAAAUCAUAGUUCUUCUUUUACAUGCCUUUCUCAGUAAUUCUUUGUUUUGAGAGUUCUCAUUUUAUUGGCCAGAUUUUUCUUCUCCAAACUAUGCACAAAUCAAAUGAUUUAGAUUUUAGUGUCAUGAAUGCUUCACUUUUUGAAGUGAGCAUCAACUCUAAUGAUACCAGAAUUGAGCCAUAAUUAUUUGAAACUUCUUCCCCUUCGUCGAUGUAUUGCCUCCAUUGACAAAAUAGCCUGUGUUGCAUUGUCGGAGUAUUAAUUAAAUUGUACUGUUCGAAUUUUCUUGAUU